UUUUCCGUCACCACCGUACGAAAAAUGGCCACGCCAUCGGUCCCCUACAUCGGCUCUCGCAUCGUCCUCAUCUCCAAGAGCGAGAUCAGGUACGAGGGCACGCUCGGCUCGGUCGACACGGCCGCCUCGACUGUCAAGCUGCACCAGGUACGCUCUUUUGGCACGGAAGACCGCAAGACCGAGGGCGUCAUCCCAGCGUCGUCGCAGAUUUACGAGUAUAUCAUCUUUCGCGGCGCCGACAUCAAGGAUCUGCAUGUGUGCGAGUCGACCGCCUCGCAGCCCGCGGCCGCCACGUCGGUCACGUCUGCGGCACCCGAGCAAGCGCCAGAGGCGCUGCCUCCGAGGCCGGCGGCAGCGGCCUCGGAGGCAGCGCCGGCGUGGGGCGCCAACCCGUCGCAGGCCAGCGCCGCGGCGCCGGCGCCGGCGGCUCCUCGCACCCAGGGCCAGAACAAGGCCCGCGGCGGCCGAGCGCAGCCGGGCAUGCCGCGCCCGGCGCCGAAUGGCUCUGCAAACGGCCAUGCGGAGGAGUUUGAUAUCCAGGCCAUGCUCGCGGGCUUCGACAAGGGGAUGGUGAUGCAGGAGGCGAGCGAGCGCGUCAAGACGACGACCGCGUACAACCCAAAGGUCUCCAUGUUCGACACGCUCGACGAGGAGGUUGCAGAGGAGGGCGGCCGCAAGGGCGGCCGCGCGUUCCGCGCGGAGAUGCGCAAGAACGACAUCAGUACGUUUGGGGAAGACAUGAUCAAGGAGGCGGACCGGCGCGCGAGGGUAAAGGGCAGCGGGCCGGCGGCGGCGCUGCCGGCAGCAGUACUGGAGCUGCCGCCGCCGCAGCGUGGCUCGCCGCGGGCGUUGUCGUGGCCGCAUAGCGCGCAUACCCACGGCGCGGCACCCGCGAGGCAGAGGUCGCAGUCGCAGUCGAAGAAGAAGUGCCUGUGGGGAGCGGCCUGCGCAGCCUGGCGCGUCGCGUCGCCGCCGGCUGCCGAGGGUCGGCAGCCGCUCGAGUCGAUCUCCCACGCCGCGUUUGGCGAGCAGGAGUGGUUGAACAUGGCGAUCGAUGCCUAG